UGUUAGCUUUAUUUUGGUUAAAUAAUCUAUAUAAAUCUGUAAACUUUCAUUAUUUUAAUCCAGGGGAUGCUUGUACUAACGUUAACAGCAGCAGUCAAAAUGCUUCAUCCUCCUCACUGUGUAGAUGCAUUAUGCGUCGGACCAACACCAUGUCAAAUGGCUUUCUUGCUCACUGGUUUCACAUUUCUGAUCAUCGGGGCAAGCGGAAUUCGACCAUGUAACUUGGCUUUCGGUGUUGACCAAUUCAACCCGCACACUGAAUCCGGCCAACAAGGAAUCGCUAGUUUUUUCAAUUGGUACUACUUUACAUUCACGUUUGCUUUGAUGGUAUCGUUAACCAUUAUCAUCUACGUGCAAGCAAAUAUCAACUGGGUCAUUGGCUUAGCAAUCCCGACAUUUUUUAUGUUCAUAUCGUGUAUCCUAUUCUUUGUGGGUGCGAAGAUUUAUGUGAUAGUGCAGCCUGAUGGAAGCCCUUUGACCAGCAUUUUUCAAGUCUUAGUGGCCACCAUCAAGAAGAGGAAACUGGCAGUUCCUAAUGAUCCAUCGCAUUCCUUGUUCAAUCAUGUUUCUACCAAAUCUAUCAAUGCAAAACUACCAUACAACAAUCAACUCAAGUGUUUGAACAAAGCUGCAAUCAUAACUCCAAAUGACAAUAUUAACCCCGAUGGAUCAUCACAAAACCAAUGGGCGUUAUGUAGCGUACAACAAAUAGAGGAAGUGAAAUGUGUAAUCAAAACAAUACCAAUUUUGAUAGCUUUUAUAAUCUACAACGCUUCACUUACGAAUAUGCAAAUUUACACGGCGUUUCAAGCCCUACAAUCUGACCGACGACUCAAGCAUAGCUCAUUUCAAAUUCCGGCUGCAUCCUAUAGCGUCUUCCAAAUGCUAGCUCUCACCAUAUGGAUCCCGAUUUAUGAUCGAUUGAUAGUUCCAUGUCUUCGGAAAAUAACAAACAAAAGGCAAGGGAUUUCACCCCUCCAAAGGAUUGGAGUCGGGAUAGGCAUCGCCAUAUUCACAAUGCUUGUUGCAGCUAUAAUUGAAACAAAAAGAAGAGACAUGGUACAUUCAAAACAAGCACUUGGUUUUGAAAGGGGAAAAGGUGUGAUUUCAUCAAUGCCAGGCUAUUGGUUGGUAAUUCAAAUGGUGGUAGCCGGGAUCUCAGAAGGGUUUGCUAUGAUUGGGUUUGGCGAGUUCUUUUACAAGCAGUUUCCAGAAAACACGAAGAGUUUGGCGGGUUCUUUCUUUUGUUGCGGGUUCGCGAUGUCAAGUUAUUUGAGCAGUUUCUUAAUAUCAAUCAUUCAUAAAACGACCCGUGAAGGUGGCUCGAGAAAUUGGUUAACCCAAAACCUAAACGAAGCGAAAUUAGAUUACUUUUAUUACUUAUGUAUGGGAUUGGAGGUGUUGAGCUUUAUAUACUAUUUGAUGGUGGCAAAAUGGUAUAAAUACAAAGGAAGCGAAGACGAAACAACUGACUAUCCAUUAGAAGACAUGACAGCUACCCACAAACAUAUAGUUUGA